GUGACAGUCGGAGCUGCUGGAAAUUUGUCAUUCUCCCCGAACACAAUCAACGCUGGCGUUGAUUAUGUCGUGAAAUUUGAGUUCCUAGCUCUGAAUCACACCUUGACACAAUCAUCACUUGGCAACCCGUGUCUUAAAAGUGACGGAUUAGAUACCGGAUUCAACGAGUUCAAUCCUAAAAACACCACUGGGCAGUAUGUGGUGGAUUAUUGGGUACAAAGCAUGGAUCCGCAGUGGUUUUACUGUGCUCAAACGAAAUCAAGAUCGCAUUGCCAAGCGGGCAUGGUAUUUGCCCUGAAUGAUGGUGGGCUCUUCCCAGAGUUCCUGUCUGCAGCGAUUGCA